AUGGAUGAAAGUUUGAAAAGUGCUGCUCGUAUGGGAAAUGCUAGUGAUUUGUAUUCACUAAUUCAGAGAAAUGGGAAUGUGUUGAGGCACUUGGAUGAGGUGGAGUUUAUCGACACUCCAUUACAUAUAGCUGCAGAAGAAGGAUGCACGCGGUUCACAAUGGAGAUGAUCAACCCUGAUACCGUGGAAAACAGAAGGCUAGAUGCUCUCCAAGUCCUACUUAGGACACUUACGAAGACAGCCUAUCAUCUAGAAGUGGUGAAUCGAAAGGAUGAAAAUGGCAACACUGCACUGCACAUAGCUGCUAGCAGCAAUGAGGCCCAGAUGCUUAAACUACUAUUAAACUGCAAGGCUGAUAAGCGUGCCACUGAUCAAGCAGGUUUGACGGCACUGGGUGUUGCCCAACAACAUGGUUACACAGAAAGCAUUACAGUUUUGCGUGGUUGCUUUAUUCCAGUUGUUUCAAAGUUUAUACCUAAGUUGGAGAAACAAACCGCCAGUUAUGCCACCAAAGCAUCGUCACUGAUUUUCCGUGAUAUGGAUAAUAUAUCAGGCGAGAACCGUAAUGCAUUACUGGUAAUUUUAGGAUUGCUUCUAACUGCAACGUACCAAGCCACACUUAGCCCACCUGGUGGUGUUUGGCAGGGUGGAAACGCCUCAAAGAAACUGGGGACAUAUGUCAUGGACCCUUCCCAGUUUCUUCUUUUCUAUAUUCCGACCUAUGUCGUGUUCAUCGUAACCUUUUUCCUAACACUAGCCCUGCUUAAACCUUUUCCCUAUGGUUUCAGGACAGCACUGCAAGUGCUACUUGCGUUUCUUGCUGUAUGCUUUCACCAAUCAAUAACUUUCAUUGUCCCAACCUCUUCAGCAUCAAUAAUUCUUUCUCUCCUCUCGGGGAUCGUUUUCAUCUUAAUGGCGUUCAUGUGUAUCGCAUAUCAAGUGUCGAAAUUCAGUGUUUCGAUCGUGGGAUGUUGGAUUUUACCAUUUCACUUCUCAGCUGCUGCAAUUCAAGUGUUGUUUUUAUGUAUGAUAAGUUCUGGAAAGGCACCAUUGUAG